GAUAUCGCCGCAGACACGCGGCCUGCUGCUGAACUUCCUGCUGGAGGCGCCCGCGGGUGCGCGGGCUGCCGCCGAAGGCGCCCGCGCUGGCGAGCUCGCCCGUGCGGGGCGCCCCUGCGAGCUGGGCGGGGGCCGCGAGGGGCGCUGGUCGAGUCAG